AUGGUCAACUCCUGUUGUGGCUCCGUCUGCUCUGAUCACAGCUGUGGUCAAGGCCAGGAGACCUGCUGUCGCCCCAGCUGCUGCCAGACCACCACCUGCUGCCGCCCCAGCUGCUGUGUGUCCAGCUGCUGCAGGCCCCAGUGCUGCCAGUCUGUGUGCUGCCAGCCCACUUCCUGCCGCCCCAGCUGCUGUAUCUCUAGCUGCUGCCGUCCUUCCUGCUGUAGCUCCAGCUGCUGCCGCCCCUCCUGCUGUGUAUCCACCUGCUGCCGCCCCAGCUGUUGUGUUUCUAGCUGCUGCAGACCCCAGUGCUGCCAGUCUGUGUGCUGUCAGCCCACCUGCUGCCGCCCCAGCUGUUGUGUGUCCAGCUGUUGCCGCCCCAGCUGCUGCAUCUCUAGCUGCUGCCGUCCUUCCUGCUGUAGCUCUAGCUGCUGCCGCCCCUCUUGUUGUGGCUCCAGCUGCUGCCGCCCCAACUGCUGCAUUUCUAGCUGUUGCCGCCCCUCCUGCUGUAGUUCCAGCUGCUGCCGCCCCAGUUGCUGUGUUUCUAGCUGCUGCAGGCCCAGCUGCUGCAUUUCUAGCUGUUGCCGCCCAACCUGCUGCCACCCCACCUGCUCUAGUGGUUCUUGCUGCUGA